ACAAUUUCCGUCUGAAAUUUUCGACCAAUCAGAAACUUAGGUCAUCGCGCAUGCCUCAGGUUUUUCAUCAGGGGCGUGUAGGUGGAAGCACGAGUUCGUCGUCAUAAAAAGUCGGAAUAUUAGUUGAAAAUAAACUGCAUUUGCCAUGAACAACUCAUUUCCCCCGAGCUCGGUGCAGCCAAACCAGCCCUUACGGAAGCCGUCAUCCAGCCCGGUCAUGUGUCCGUUUCCUGGACUCGUCUUGCCGGCUGGUAACCCUGUCAGGCCGCACUUGUCACAAGGAGCCGGCCCAGAUUUUCCACCGGCCAGAGGGGAUACACCAGCUGGAAUUGGUUCCAUGCAAUCAUCUGUGCCCCUCUGCCACUUUUGUAGUAAGCAAGGGAAUUUACGUUGUACUCGUUGCAAGAAGGCAACCUACUGCUCUGGGGUGUGCCAGAUGAAAGAUUGGGAUGGGCACAGACAGAUUUGCAUACCCGCUGGCCCGGAACCUGCAAAGAAGAAGCCGAAUCAGACCGCCGCGUUGCCAUCAUUGGCACACAACACCACCCUUCCGGAUUUAAGGCAGGCAGAUGCAGUGGAUCCCCACAGGGUGUAUUUGAAGGACUUGCAUACCCUUCAGCUGCAUCAGGGAAAAGAUGUGCAGGCAUCUGUUGUGGAGUUCUACAGCCCUGGAAGAUUUUUUCUCCUUGUCCAAAACCCCGAUCUGCUGAAGACUCUGCAGAGUAUCAGCAGCCAACUCCAGAAGACCCCCAGCUGUCCCUCAGUACCCCUUCAUGUCCCCUGCGUCGGAGAGGUCUGCGCUGCACAGUUCUCUGCCGAUCUGAUUUGGUACCGAGGCCUGGUCCAGAAGUUGGCGGCUGACAAAAAGUCUGCUCAUAUACUUUACAUCGACUAUGGAAAUGAGGAAGACGUCCCCGUGGACAGAAUGAGGCCCCUGCCUGCUGACCUUGAGCCAUUUCAUCCUUGUGCCAUGGAGUGUCGCGUUGCCGGCGUCGAACCGCUGGAUGGCAGCUGGUCCGCCGAGUGCUGUUCAGCAGUGAAACCGCUUUUGGCUGGCAGGGUCGUGACCGUGAAGCUGGUGGAAACGCUGAAGAAUGUUCACGCGCACGCUGUGGACAUCGAGCUUCCCAUGGGAAAGCGUCUGAGCUCACUUCUGAUCGAUGGCGGUUUUGUGAAGAAAGCAGUUGAUUUGCCAACAGUGAACGACAUAAACGCCAUGUUGAGUGCUUCCUCGGAAAACUAUCAGCGUCAAUCUCAGGGGAAGGACGACAACACCUGGGCUCGGCCGCCCGAGGCUCUCACGCAGGCCGUGGGGGACUCCUUCUCUGUCGUGAUUACACACUUCCAUUCGCCAGAUAAAAUGAUUGUGCAGAAGGUGGACAAUGCCGGUGUCAUUCAGGAGUUGCAGCUGAGUUUGAGGCAGCAUUGCAAUCAGUUGUCUGCGCCUCAAGACUUCAGACCGGCACCCAGCACCAUCUGCUGCGCCCAGUUCUCGGAGGACAAGCAGUGGUACCGGGCCAAAGUGCUGGCGUACCCCUCUGAGGCGCGCGUCUGUGUGGGCUACAUUGACUUCGGCAAUUCGGAGGAUGUGGAUAUCGGCCACUUGAGACCCCUCAGCCCUUCACUGCUCGCCUUGCCCAUGCAGGCCAUCCCUUGCGGUCUCGCAGGGAUACAACCUGUUGGAGGGAGCUGGUCCGAGGAGUCCCUGUUGGCCCUGCAGCGGAGGGUGUGUAACAGAAUCCUGCGUGUGGAGAUUGAAGGGGCGCAUGAGGGCCAAGCUCUGGUUGUCAUGGUUGACGAGACCAGCGACCCCCAGGACAACAUCGCUGAGCUGCUCAUCUCCGCCGGGUAUGCCUCACCCAUUCCCGCCGCUGGAUCUCUUAAGGCCGACAAUGACCCGCAGGCUGAGCAAGCUCCUCCAGAACCAGCUGGUCCGACCUUCCCAGUGCACUGGAAGACCGUGGAGUUGCCCAUCGAUGAAUCCUUCAAGCCCGACAUCGCCGCCGUUACCAGUCCUUCCCUCUUCUAUCUGUUCAGCCCCAGCCAGGUAGAUCAGCAGAAGCUCCGGGAGAUGAUGCAGGAGCUGGCGACCUUCUGCAGCAGCGACCGGGCCACUUUGUCCUCAUGCGCUGACAAGAGCGAACUCGUCCCCGGGGCCGCCUGUUGCGCUCAGUUCACCGCGGAUGAUACCUGGUACCGUGCCGUGGUUGUGGAGGUUGGCAACAAUGAGGUAGCAGUCGUCUACGCGGACUAUGGCAACACUGAAAAUUUGCCAGUCUCCCGCAUUCUGCCCAUCCCCAAGAGCCUGUUGCAGCUGCCCUUCAUGAUCGCCCGCUGUGCUCUGACCGGCAGGGAGCAUUUCCCCGCCCUGUGGCCCCGAGAAGUGCUGCAGAUGUUCCUCAGCUUGCUGCUGGACGGAAUCGUCGCCACCGCGCUGUCUUUCGACGGCUUCAGCAACAUCCUCACCGUCAGCCUGCCCGCUGAAAAGGGCGGGGUCCACCUCAGCGCCCUGAUCCUAGAUGCCCUGGAGAGCCACAAAAUCACAAGUGCACCGAGCCAGUCCGCUGCCACCGAGGCCGAGCAGAUGGAGAGGAGCGACAUUACUCUGCCUCAAAUGACACCUGCCGGAAAUAAGAUUGUGGGAAAUACCGCAGAGGAAACUGUAAGCCUCGAGCAGACCGCCCAAAGCCCGCAGCAGAGAAAAACCCUAGCAGCCGAGUUCCAGAAGAAUGCCCCGGCCUCUGCAUGUUGCUGCCUGAGCGUCGAGCCAGAGAUGCAGCGUUUGGAGCGGAUGAUUGAGCGGGUGGAGCACACGGUGCAGCUGCUUCUUUCCUCACUCACACGGUUUACUGAACGCUUGCAGAUUUAAAGCAGCUGUUGUCAUUGUACUUAGACACUGUUCACCUCUCUUUUUAGGGUGCUUUAAUCAUGCUACGAUACCGUUUGUUCUGUUUUAAUAGUUGCAUGUCUUUCAUCAGUGCGCUGUGUUGCCAUGGCUUCCUUUUGUUAGGUUGUUAUCGCCUGUUCAGGUGGUCCCUUUUUGUUUUACAUAAAAGUUCACUUAAAACCAGUC